CUAAAAUUAAUAUUCUCUGCUUAAACUCUUUACCUUUCCACAAAAAUAAAAAAUUAAAAUUAAAAUCUCUGCAUUUAGUCCUAUGAGUUUCCCCACACAAGCAUAGACAGACUCGUUUAUCAUUCGCCAUAUAAAUUUGCUCCAACUCACUCAGAAUUUUGAGUUUGAACACUCAUGGCUUAUUCAAAUACAUCAGCAUCACUAGUGCGUUUAGACUCCUAUGAGCAAAGAGAACAUAUUGCAGGUUCAAGCACAAAUACACUUGAAGCUCCAUUCAACCAGCCAAGUCGAAGCUCCUCUGAUGGUCAUGUCGCCAUCCUUUGGGAUAUUGAGAAUUGCCCUGUCCCAAGUGAUGUUCGUCCUGAAGACGUAGCUGGUAAUAUUAGAAUGGCUUUGAGGUUGCAUCCUAUAAUUGAAGGAGCUGUUAUGAUGUUUUCUGCCUACGGUGACUUUAAUGCCUUCCCCAGGAGGCUUCGGGAGGGUUGCCAGAGAACUGGUGUCAAACUCAUUGAUGUUCCAAAUGGAAGAAAGGAUGCUGCCGAUAAGGCCAUUUUGGUUGAUAUGUUUUUGUUUGCCCUGGACAACCCUCCCCCUUCUUUCAUCAUGCUAAUAUCUGGGGAUGUUGAUUUUGCUCCAGCACUUCAUAUACUUGGUCAACGAGGUUAUACUGUGAUUCUUGUUAUCCCUUCUGGGGUUGGUGUUUCAUCUGCUCUAUGCAAUGCUGGUAAGUUUGUUUGGGACUGGCCUAGUGUGGCUCGUGGGGAAGGCUUUGUUCCACCUGCUAGGGCUCUAAUUCCCCCUCGUGCUGGACCAGCUGACCUUGCUGGUUACUUCAUGGGGUGUCAUAUCAAUGACAAUGUUCAAAAUGAAGAAGAAACCAUUGUACAUAGGGGGGUCUCACAAAGUUAUUACAGCUCAAGAGAUUUGUCGAUUGUGUCACAGUCACUUACAGAAUACAAUGGUAGUUAUAUAACGCCUUGUAAUUCUUCAGCUCUGAGGUCAUACAGUCUACCGUCUGGCUUGAAUGAAGCUUCUGCAGGGCCUGUUAUUUCUGCUGAUCAGAGUGACUCUACUUUAUGGGUGCAGCCUGGGGACUUGAAUGGUCUAAAGGGGCAGCUGGUGAAGUUGCUUGAACUUUCAGGAGGAUGCCUGCCUCUUACCCGAGUUCCUGCUGACUACCAAAAAGUUUUUGGGAGGCCUCUUUAUGUAUCUGAAUAUGGUGCAUUUAAGCUUGUAAACCUUUUCAAGAAGAUGGGCGAUACAAUAGCUGUGGAGGGUAAAGGCCACAGAAAAUUUGUCUAUCUUUGGAACUGGAAAACAGGCCCAACUGCACCACCUAUGAAUUUGAUAAGGAAGGAUAAUAGGAAAGGGAAGGCAACUCAGGAAGAGUGUAUAGAUAGUGUCAAUGGUAAUGUCUCAUCAGAUGAGUUGUCAGACGAGGAAAGAGUAGUCACUGAAGAACAUGAUGAGAGGAUGAGCCAAGGAAAGACUAAUUUGGGAACAAUAGCUCGAUGUGAUAAUGAGUACCAACUCGUGCAGUUUAAAUAUGAGCUGCAAGAGAUAUUAGUCAGCUAUUCUUGUCGGAUUUUCCUGGGUUGUUUUGAAGCAAUAUACCAGCAAAGAUACAAGAAACCACUGGACUUUCAAAAGUUUGGUGUGGAUCAGCUGGAGGAGCUGUUUGAGAAAGUUAAAGAUGUGGUGGUGUUGCAUGAAGAACCAGUAAGCAAAAGGAAGUUCCUGGCUGCAGUUGGUGGGUAGAAAUUUUUCAGGUAGCUGCCCGUUUCUUGUAGCCUUGACGUUUUUAAGUUAUACCUGGGCAGAGGAUCGAGUAUGCUUUUGGUUGCCCAGUCUGCUCGUGUCUGUUCCCUGUUUUUUCAAAUUCAUUUACAAUGUACUAUGAAACAAUGAAGUAGAGGCUGGGCUACCUUUUUUUUUCUCCCUUGUGGCUGUGAAUGUGUCCUGCAUGGAUAUGAAGCUUAUUAUAAAACAUUUCCAUGUGAGACUCAUACCCAGUCAAUGUAAGUUUGUAACUGAUCCAUUGCUAAAGAUUGAAGUGUAUAUUGUUUUUCUUUUAUUUAUUUUUUCUAAUAGUAAAAUUCAGUCGUAGUAAAGAGUUCAUUGAAUAA